GUGCCGCCAGGUGCACAGCCCUGGGCAUGAGCCAUCCGAGCUGCCGGAGGAAGUCGAGCACUGGCCCCAGGAAAGGCGCCUAGAAGAAACCUCGUGCGGGACCCCCCGUGAGAUGGAACUUGGACUUGGAGACCACACAGCUUGGAGACCCUACUGUCCCUGGCCUAAUCGACAGCCUGCCCUGUGGCCAACCCUGGCCGCCCUGGCUCUACUGAGCAGCGUCACCGAGGCCUCUCUGGACCCUGCACCCCGUAGCCCUGCCACCCGUGAAGGCCCCGCGCCAGUGCUGGCGCCCCCCACCGGUACCAUCCCGGGGGGACAUUCGGCGCGUUUGUGCGGCGCAAGAACCCGGCGGCCACCGCCACAGUCUCCCCAACCCGCACCGCCGCCGCCCGAGUCCCCGCUGCAGUCACUUCCCGCCGCUGCCCACCGAGGGGGCCGCGCGGCGCGAGCGGAGACCCGGGGGGCCCGGCAGCCGGCGGCCGGGGCGCGGAGCUGCCGCCUGCGCUCGCAGCUGGUGCCGGUGCGCGCGCUCGGCCUGGGCCACAGCUCGGACGAGCUGGUGCGAUUCCGCUUCUGCAGCGGCUCGUGCCGCCGCGCGCGCUCCCCGCACGACCUGAGCCUGGCCAGUCUGCUGGACGCCGGCGCCCUGCGGCCGCCCCCCGGCUCCCGGCCGCUCAGCCAGCCCUGCUGCCGGCCCACUCGCUACGAGGCAGUCUCCUUCAUGGACGUGAACAGCACCUGGAGGACCGUGGACCGCCUUUCUGCCACCGCCUGCGGCUGCCUGGGCUAA